AUGGCCGAUGCGUAUCCUCACCUGACCUGGAGCCAGGUCGCUCCGGGCGUCUGGCAGCGCGGGAUCGACGAGAUUGAGCAGUUCUACUCCUCCAUGGUUGUCCUCUACGAGGCCAGUGGCCGCAUGUUCUUUGGCAUCACCGGCUUCCUGUCACUCUCCGUCGAGGUGCCCAAGAACAUGGACGCCGACGCCGUGGGACAGGAAGUUGACAAGGCGUUGGAGAAGGCGUGGCUCAGCCUGAGAUAUGACCACCCAACACUCGCCUCUCAGAUCACCCAGAACAUCGAGAAGAACGAGUGGACCAAGUCUUACACCCAAUUCAAAGACGAGAAUGACCGGAUCGCUUGGCUUCAGAACACCUUUGUCCCCGUCUCGACAGGCCAGACUGGCCUUGAAUGGGCGAACUCUGAUCCCCCGGCCCCUCGUCUCCCGACACUCUUCGUCGUCAAGCCCACCACCGUCUCGACCCAUCCCGCCGUCAUACGUCGCGAUCUUGUUUUUCGAUCCCCUCAUGAUAUUAUCGAUGGCAUCGGAACAUUGAUCAUGCUCAACAAUCUGAUCGGCCAUGCCUCGCGCGCGUUUAGGCAAGGGGCAACCUUCAAGCUGCCCAUAUUCGACGGGUCCGAAGUCGUCAACUUAAGUCCUUCCUAUCGCAUCGCUGCCAAUGUUCCUGUUGAUCUCAGCCCCGAGCAAAAGACGCGCCUCGAGGGCGUCAUUGCGCAGAAGGCCGGGGUCAGAGCCGCGACGGAUAUCGAGAUACUCGCCCUGCCAUAUAGAAAGGGUGCCUUGGUCCCUGGAAAGCAUCAGCGCGUGGCUCUCACACUGUCAGCUGAGCAGACUACUCACCUUCUGGCUGUUUGCAAAGCGGCUGAGGUAACCCUGACGCACCUCUUCCACGCCGCUGCUGCCAUGGUCGACCGAGACAUACAGCCUCCCUCCGCCGAAUCGAAGCGUGUUCGAUACAUCAACUAUAUCCUCCGCAACGAGCGAUCGAGCUGCGUCGAGCCGUACAAUACCACCAAGCACCCCGCCGCGCUGUAUCACUCGGUUUCUGGACCGAGUCUUGUCGUUGACAUGGAUCUCCUGGAAGGGGGCAAGAUGGCUGACCCCGAGCUUCGUAAGGAGGAGUUCCACUCCAUUGUCCGUCAGAUGAAGGACUUUUACCACGAAGUCCGCCACGACACUGAGCAUUCCGUCUUGGCGCCUGAUCUUUGGGCCAUCGGAAAUCCGACGGUGCCCCCGUCUCCUCGCCCGCUUCCUGUGCCGCCGCCAAACCCUCAUCCGUCCGUGUCCAUAUCCAGUAUGGGCCGUGUGGAUAUCAUUGUGGCGCCGAAGACGGGAGACUUCAGGGUCCACGAUGCCUGGGUCACUGGGGAGGAGCUCGGGAACGGACUGGGUCUGUUCUUGGGUACAUUUGAUGGGAAGCUAUGCCUUAGUGCCGCGUACAAUGAUGCAUGGCAUACGGAGGAAGAUGUGUCGGGCUUUUUGCGUCGCUGUAGGGAGAUUGUGUUUGAUGGAAUGGGUAUACCUGCUGCUUGA